GUUUGUGGCUGCCCGCUGCCGUGAUGGCAGCUUGCAGCACAAGUGCGUCAUGUCGUCCCCGCACUUGAAGGCAGUAAUAUUCGAUGUCGGCGGCGUCGUCUGCCGUAGCCCGCUCCUCGCCAUCGCCGCGUAUGAGAGAGAGUAUGGAAUCCCCAACAAUUAUAUCAACUGUGCAAUAACCGGGCGAGGCGCACACGGCGCCUGGCAGAAGUUCGAACGGGGCGAAAUGACUUUGUUCCUGUUUUACGAGGCAUUCGGGCGGGAAUUGUCGGACACCAAGAUGAACAACGUUUGGUACGCGGAUUACUGCAAGCGGAAGGGGAUAGAGUGCCCGAAACUCCCCCAGUCGCUCAAUAUCAAUGGAAGAGAGCUGUUUGGUCGCAUGAUGCGUGAGAGCGGAUCGUUCGACGGAGUGGUGGUCAAGGCCAUUAGCCGCAUCCGAGGCGUUGGCAGAUGGCGUGUCAUCGCGCUCACGAACAACUUCUCGAAAGCCGACGCUGACAGCAUCGGGGAAGCACCGCCGUCGGCGGAGGACUAUCCAGGCUUUACCGCAGAAUCCGAGCUCGCAUUCCUAGGCUGGCAGGAAGGCCCGACCCCGCCUCGACUGCGGGCUUUGUUCGAUGAUUUCUGUGAUUCCAGUACUUUGGGAAUGAGGAAACCAGAACCAGAGAUCUAUCUCCUGGCUUGCCAGAGGAACGGAAUUCAGCCACACGAAGCCGUGUUCCUUGAUGACCUCGGAAUGAACCUCAAAGUGGCUCAGAGCCUUGGAAUGGAGACGAUCCACGUGCCCAUCGGGAAUUCGAUGGGCGCAAUCAAACAGUUGGAGGAGAAGUUGGGAAUCGACCUGACUGGUGACCGUGGAGGUGCCAGCCCGGUCUCAAACAAGCUUUAGCGAUUUGGACAUCUUCUUGCCGCUGCCAUGUAUAUCGUACCGCUGCAUGGGACACACGUCGGAGGGCUACGGGUCAAAGACCCAAAAUCUAUUCAAGCUGCGGAUAAGAACACGGUUCUAGAACGGCUUGUCCGACGCAGGGGUCUUGUCUUGCCAGUACCCGCCCACCUAAAGCCGACUUAGACAUGCGGGCCGAGAUCGAAAGAAUGUCUUGCUCACCGCAGGGAGCUUGGAAAGGAAUUCCCGUUUUACCAACGGUGUCACGGACAGGAACUGGUACGGCACACAGGCCGACGUUUCAGUAUCACGAAGAAUCCCAGUCGGAAGGCACAUACGUAUAGGGCCAUGACCCCUGCGCCGGCUCCCCACAGGCCCAGGCUGGUUCCCCAGCGGCGCACGAACUAUGCACGGGACGGGGUUAAAGUCAAUGGCGGAUACGUUGCGGUAGAACACGCGUAAACACGUACAGUGAGGGGCCGUUUGUGCUCAG